AUGUUUGGUUUGGGAAAAUUGUUAUACGUUAUUGUUUUGACGAUUAAUGGGAUAGCGGUGCUAAGUGAAGAUAGGUUUUUAAACAGGAUUGGAUGGGGCUCAACUACAGCAUCAUCAAAUGUCAAUGCCAAUAUACAGAAUCAGUUUAACCAGUUCAAUUCGGGUCUAGAGACAAGUGAAGGGUCUAUAAAGACUAAGUUGAUUAAUCUAAUAAGUGCUGUAAGGACUUUGAUGCGGAUACCAUUAAUAGCUGUUAACAUUACGGUUAUAUUGUACGAGUUGAUACUAGGUUAA